AUGGUCUUUGCAUAUGCUUGUGUCAACCUGACGAAUGGAAACCUUGCGUGGCUCUUUAAGGAAAGUAUCCGUCUGGGAAACCUGGAAAAGCAUCUGCUCAAUGCUAAGGAUGUUUCUUAUCUCCUACCGACCAGGCUUAUUGAUCUUGGAGAUUGCUCCUAUGUCAGGAUGGCGAGAGAUAAAACCACCAACUUUGCCCUCGUGCGAAGCUUCCACUCUGUCACAAAGAACUACCUGCUGAUGCACGUGGGUCAAAAUGCCAGACCCUGUGAACUACUCUUUUCAAUGCUUGACUCUGAUGAAACGAAUAUGACCACCCUCCAAGCCAUGCUAAAGGAACUUCACGUUGCUUUUGCCCUAGUGGGUCGCGACUCCUGGACCAAGUUUCAUGCCAUGCUCAUCCAAAUUGAAGGAAGUCGUACCAGGCCCUCUGCGGCCUGGAAGAUCCUCACUGAGAACACUGUAGUCUAUGAAUCCUGGACCUCAGUGGGUGCCAAGUACAUGGGCUUGACUUCCCAUCUCUGCAAGGAACUGGAUGCCCUUGCCCAGCUCAAGGUGGGCUCUCCCUUUGAUUCCUGGCUACAGAAGAAGCUUUUUCAAGCGACCUGGACAAUGGGUAGAGUUGGCAUCAGCCUUUCUACUCGUUCACUAGCUCCCUGCAGUACUGCUAGAAUCAUCCAGGAUGUUGCCCUCCUGAGUCAAAUCACCGGCGAUCAAGACAUGGCCAGCACCCUUGCCUGUGACCUAGGAAAAUUCCAAGCUGACUCUCUGGGAAAGCUCACUUGCUUCACCUUUCCGACCCUUGUUAAUCCUACAGCCAAGCAACGAGGGAAUCUUGAGCAAGCUGGAAGACCGCUGCCUGGCUCUCCCUCUUCUGGCCAAAAUGAAAUCCGUAGCUCUUCUUCUCCUCACGCUGAGCGACAGCCUAACAAGGGUGCUUGGGAAAUUGUUGCCGAUUUCGGAGUCGUCACACGCGAUGAAGCUUACGAUUCAUUCACCUCUACAAUUCGACUUAAAAUGACCGAUGAGCAGAAGGAGACUGCGGCGAACAAAGUCAAAGAGGCAAACAAGAAGCGCAAGCAGCACAAGAAAAGUAUCUUUCUUGCUUACCAUUCUGUGCUUUUCUCUGAAUAA